UUCUAAUCCAUCCGCCUUCUCUCUCCCCGCCGAGUCUCUUUGUUCGCUCCAUUCGAUUCGCAAUGGCCGCCGCCUCUUCGGUGCGACUACCCUUCUCUCCAUGGCUCCUCCCGAACCCUAGCUCGCUCGCCCUCCUUCGAAACUCUAGCUCCUUUUGCUUGCUUCCAAACCCGAGAAUUUUCAGGGUUUUAUGCUCUUCUUCUGUUCCUACUCCUCCUCCGGCCACCGAUCAUGGCGGAAGGAGAUGGGAAUCCUUCCGCAAGAAGAAGGUCGUCAUGCGCGUCGGAUAUGUGGGAACCGAUUACAGAGGUCUUCAGAUGCAGCGAGAUAGCCAUUCUUUAUCGACAAUUGAAGCAGAGUUGGAGUCUGCUAUCUUCAAGGCAGGUGGGAUUCGUGACAGUAAUUACGGGGAUUUGCACAAAAUUGGGUGGGCCAGGAGUAGCAGAACUGACAAAGGAGUGCAUUCGUUGGCGACCAUGAUUUCAUUGAAGAUGGAGAUUCCUGAACAUGCAUGGAGGGAGGAUCCUAGUGGCAUGCUUCUUGCAAAUUGUGUUAACUCUAACCUACCCAACAACGUCAGAGUUUUCAGUGUAUUACCAUCCCAAAAGAGUUUUGAUGCAAGAAGGGAAUGCACUGUCCGCAUGUAUUCUUAUCUCCUUCCUGCUGAAAUUGUUGGGAUCACUAGUGAUUGCAGCUCUGCAGAAGUUGACGACCACUUAUGUCAAUUCAACAAUAUACUGAAAAAAUUUGAGGGAGAACAUCCUUUCCAUAACUACACUGUUCGUUCCAAAUAUAGGAAAAAACCUCCAAAGAAGGGGCACAUAAUCACAAGAUCAAGACAUGCUGAGGAUGCAUUUGCUGCUGAUGUUGAAGAAAAUGAUUAUCUGGAAAGUUCUGAGGUUGCGGAGGCAGAACCUGAUAAAUGUGAAGAACAUCCAAAUAUUCUGUGUAAAAGUGACUCUGAUGAGGAAGGAUAUGAUUCAUCAGGAAAACUACAAUGUGAUAUUAGAGACUCAGAAACCCAUCUAACUGUUCGUGCAAGAUGGCUUCAUGAGCCUGAUGAAAUGGAUAGACUCAAUGCAUCCCACUUCAGAAAGAUCUUUCGCUGCUCAUGUGGACAGCUAGAGACAUUUUCAGGAAUUAAUUACAUCGAGUUGUCCAUAUGGGGGGAAUCCUUCAUGCUACAUCAGAUCCGGAAAAUGGUUGGGACUGCAGUGGCCGUAAAGCGGGGUUUGCUACCGGAAGAUAUCAUAGAGUUGUCUCUGGCGAAGUUUUCUCGCAUUGUUCUGCCCCUUGCUCCUUCUGAAGUUCUGAUCCUUAGGGCUAACUGUUAUUCUGUGAGAAACCGCCCCGGAAACAUCAUACGGCCUGAAAUGCAAAUAUUGGUUGAAUCUGAAGAAAUCCAGAAAUCAGUUGAUGAAUUCUACUCUUCUGUGCUGUUGCCUCAGUUAUCCAAGUUCUUGGAUCGGUCCAAAUCCCCAUGGAAUGAAUGGGUGGAUAACUUAGAUGUGUACACAAGCAUUUCAGACACAGAGCUUGAUGAAGUCAGAGCUUCAUGGAAGGUAUGGAAAGAAGAUUUCUUAAAAAUGAAGAAAAAACGUUUGAGUUAUAGUGGUGGCUGUAUUUAAUUCACCGGUGCGUGUGCAAUGAGGUAUGAUGUCACUCCCCUCAUUUUUUCCAAUCUGGUUGAAGACAUUUUUGCCCCCUUCCAAUGCCUAUGAUCUUACUGGAGUUGUGAACACAGGAAGUUUGCUUUGUUGUAUCGUAAGAGUUGCAUGUAUGAUUUAUGCUAAGAAUCUGAUAGGUUUAGCAUAACAUUAGCUUUAUGUACCAGAAAAAUGUUGGAUAAUCCAUCUUUCAAUCAAAAGGCUAGUCAACUGUUUUAACUGUUAAUACUCGGUGAAGCUGAAUAUAUUUAUUUUGUUGCCUUGAA